UCACAGUCUUCCUUCUCCUCUUUCUGAUAGAACCGCACUCUGCCUCUGCCUUUCCCAGCAGCAGACGGUGCACAGAAGCUCCAAGCCAUUUUCCUCUCCCAUUUAAAACCUUAUUUUCUUUUCCCUCUUUUAUUUAAGUGAUAAGAAAAAAAAAAGGGAAAAAUUUAUAUCUUAUUCGGACCUGAAACUCCGACUUUUGUGGCGACAAUUUGGGUGACUCUUUUUCCCACGCCAAAGAAAAAAGGAAGAAAGGAACCUCGGAUUUAAGACCGAGCCAGUCGCACCACAUAUCUAUUGGUGACGGUGGUGGUGGGGCCAAGUCAUGACUGCUGGUGACGGUAAUCAGUUGAUCUCUGUUCAUCCCAAUGACCUCAAGUUCAUUUUUGAGCUGGAAAAGCAAAGCUUUUGUGAUCUUAAAGUGGUAAACAACACGGAACACCAUGUGGCUUUUAAGGUUAAAACAACUUCACCUAAGAAGUACUUUGUGCGACCAAACACUGGUGUUGUACAGCCUUGGGACUCAUGUGUCAUCAGAGUCACCCUCCAAGCCCAACAGGAAUAUCCUCCAGAUAUGCAAUGCAAAGACAAAUUUCUGCUGCAGAGUACUAUAGUGCCUCCACAUUCUGACGUGGAUGACCUACCAGCAGAUACUUUCAAUAAGGAAAGUGGUAAGGAGAUCGAGGAGUGCAAGCUUAAAGUUUUCUAUAUGUCUCCUUCUUCAGCUCAAGGGAAUUCAGAAGAUGAAGGAUUAAAGAGCUCCUCACAGCAAAGCCCUGAUUCAAACUCUGCUGUGCAGCAUCUGAAGGAUGAAAAAGAUGCAGCAGUUCGGCAAACACUGCAGCUGCAACAGGAACUGGAUUUUCUGAAGAGACGAAGACAACGGAGAAAUGACUCUGGCUUCUCCAUCUCAUUCGCAGCCUUUGUGGCACUGAUAGGGGUGAUGGUUGGCUUUCUAUUGAAUCUUUCCUUGUCUUCACCACCACCGAUGGAAUGAACAGAUGCCCUUUUACAAGUGUGGAAACCAGUAAUUUUGUCCACUUCAUUGUAUAAUGCCGAAUGUUUCUGUUGGAUGGAGAGUUUGAUCUUCUAGCCAUAUUAUGUUGGUCAGCUGGUUUUUGUGAAUGUGUUUUUCAUUCAAUUGAUAAGUUGAUAUGUUACUCUUAUUAGUGCAAUACUAAGUAAAUAGUUCUAAUAGAAGUUUACUGAGUUCAAGUUCUUGACAAUUAAA